CGAGAUGAAAUAUUUCAACAAAAACGAGCUAGUGCAAAUGAGAGACGACAGGAAAUAAUGAUGAGAAAUCGACCAUCCACAAUAGACAUUGCAAACCGAUUGAAAAAAGUAAAACUUGUUGUAUUGAAGUUUCUACUAUGACAUUUACUUUUCCCGUUUUAGAGAAGUAUUAAUUAUCGUCUUGGUCGAGGCUUUGGAAAUUAUAAUCGUGGUGGAAUGGGACGUUUCAAUGUUAAUCAACGACUUAGUGGAACUCCAAGAGUAUUACAACGAGUUAGUUUAGGAAGAGGACGACGUAUGGGUGGCAAUUUGUUUUCAUCACGAGGUGGAAACCGAAGCCCACGUAGAGCUGGACUAACAAUUGGUCGCGAACGAAUUGGAUUACGCACCUUUCGUGGACGAUUUAGUCGUGGAUUCAAUAAUAAUAAUAAUAAUAAUAAUUCACAAUCAAAUCAGAACAAUUCAGAACGAAAUAGCUUCCAAAGUGGGCGAGGUCGUGGUGCCUCGAUAAGGUCAACACCAGUCGCAUAUUUAACAACAACAAUUCCAAAUCUCGGUACCGUCAAGAGAUCGUGGGAUAAAGGAAAGAAAAAGAAAAUCGAAGAAGAAGCAAUUUCUUUUUUCAAACAACAAAUAAAAAAUUCUAAUCAACAAUCACUGUCGAUUGAGGAUGUUUACGAACACAUGGGUGAAGCAUCUCCGGAUGUAAGAGCAUUGAUUAGUGGUAAUAUUAAACAUUUCUUAAAACGAUUUCCAGAUAUAUUCGUCGUUGGGCUUACACAUUUUGCACUCAAAGCUGAUUGGAAAUUGUUAGAAAAAGAUUUGCCAUCUCUUUAUCCAGCUUUAUAA